AUGGGGUUUUGUUUUGAUUACAGAAAAUUCUGUAUGGAGGUACGAGAAGGGGAUGGUGGGAAUGGGGUUACGGUGGCGGCUGAGUCAGAUCCUUCGAGACCCGACACGACGGCUCCGGUACCGGAAGGUGGUGGUCCUGUAGGUUCUGCGGCUGUGGCGGCGAAGAAGAAGAGGGGUAGGCCGAGGAAGUAUGGGCCGGAUGGAAAGUUGAAUGUGGCGGCGCUGUCACGGAAGGCAAUAUCAGGGUCGGAACUAGCACUGGCAGUGGCACCGGCGGCGGUGAUUGAUUUCUCGGCUGCCAAACGGGGGAAAGUGCGGCCGGCGAGUUGGUUGAGCAAAACCAAAUAUGAAGGGGAGAGUUUAGCCGAAUGGGUACCUUGCUCUGUUGGUGGUAAUUUUACACCUCAUAUCAUCACUGUCAAUUCUGGUGAGGACAUAACGAUGAAGAUUCUCUCAUUUUCUCAACAAGGGCCUCGAGCCAUAUGCAUUCUCUCCGCUAAUGGUGUGAUUUCGAGCGUCACUCUUCGUCAACCGAAUUCUUCUGGAGGAACAUUAACAUAUGAGGGUCGGUUCGAGAUAUUGUCGUUGUCAGGAUCGUUCAUGCCGAGUGACAACGCAGGAGCUAGGAGCCGAACUGGUGGAAUGAGUGUCUCCUUAGCGAGUUCAGACGGACGUGUUUUUGGUGGCGGAGUUGUUGGUUUGUUAGUAGCUGCAAGUUCUAUUCAAGUGGUAGUAGGAAGCUUUAUAUCUGGGAACCAACAUGAACAAAAAUCGAAGAAACUGAAACAAGACAUCGUGUUACCGGUUUCAGCUCUUCCGAUAUCCCCUGUUGAACUGAAGUCAUACAUGACAACAACGACAACGACAACAACGUCAUCAUUCCGUGCUGAAACUUGGUCACCUUUAGGGCUAGAUUUGAGAAGUCAGCCAACUGAUAUGAACGUAAGUUAAUUAUAUUUUUAGUACCAAGAUCUCUCUUCGUCCUCUUGUUCAUCUUGUUUGAUAUUUCAAGCUCCUAUGUCCUAAAUUCAUUUUUUUUUGUGUUAUACUCGGUGAA